GGGCGCGCGGCGGCGCCUGCGCAGGGCGGCGCGGUGCGGCAAGAUGGCGGACAAAGAGAAGAAGAAAAAAGAGAGCAUCUUGGACUUGUCUAAGUACAUCGACAAGACGAUUCGGGUGAAGUUUCAGGGAGGCCGCGAAGCCAGCGGCAUCCUGAAAGGGUUCGACCCACUGCUCAAUCUCGUGCUUGACGGCACCGUGGAGUACAUGAGAGACCCCGACGACCAGUACAAGCUCACGGAGGACACCCGUCAGCUGGGCCUGGUGGUGUGCAGGGGCACCUCUGUGGUGCUCAUCUGCCCGCAGGACGGCAUGGAGGCCAUCCCCAACCCCUUCAUCCAGCAGCAGGAUGCCUAGCGGCGUGGAGGCUCGGGCCUCGGCCGCCUGAGGACUCGGAGCUGCCCUCCCCCGCGUCGCGUGCCACCGCAGGAACGGAACUCUCCUUUUUAUAUAGGUUGUUUUUGUUUUCUUAAUAAAACUGCAAACCUCAAGUGUCCUAGA